GCAUUUUGGCGGCCCCCGACCGGCCGCAAAACUGUAGUGACUCUCGCUGGGUAAUCUGUUCGACUGUGCACGCUCCUUGUGCCGGUGCUGGUGGACCUUUACGCACUCGACCGACGGGAGGAGGAGAGAGAGACGACUCACCGCUGCCAUGUGUUCUUGGAUUGUGGCAUCGUGGCUGCUGGCUGCUUCGGCGACGCUCUGCGCCGCGCAGCAGCAGUACCUCCAGGGUCCACCGCCCCUCAACGGCGGCUACAAGGGAUUCCAGCCGUACGGCUCGGGACUCGCCGGAGGUGGCGCACCAGCACAGGGUGGAGCCGGAUCCGGCGCCAUUCCCCGGGGCUACCAGCUGCCCCAGGGCUACGUGCCGCAGCAGGUGAUCCCGCCCACGCAACCGAGGCAGCCUUUCGUCUCGCAGGGAUUCCAGCCGCAGGGGCCGCCACCUUCCGCGUCGGCUGGUGUUAGCUACGUUCCGAGAGCAGCACCUCAGCCGCAGUAUCAGCCGCAGUACCGGCCGCCAGCGCAGCCGCCCCAAUACCGGCCACCACAACAGCUGCAGCAAUACCAGCCGCCACCACAGCAGCAGCAAUACCGGCCGCCACCACAGCAGCAGCAGUACCAGCCACCCCCACAGCAGCAGCCACAGCCGCCACCACAGGUGCAGGCUCUGCAGAAGUCCCAGUCUCAAUCCGCAUCACAGUCGUCCGGCAGCUCCGCUAAAGCCGAGGAAGCGAAGCUGGCUGUGUUCAAUGCCGCUCCCCUACACUACGUCAGCAUCGGUGCCAAGCUUGAGGGCGACUACAAGUUCGGCUACGACACUGGAAAGGGUUCCGACAAGACCGGCAGCUUCCGCGAGGAGACCAGGCUUCCCGACGGUACGGUGAAGGGCUCCUACGGCUUCAUCGACGCUUCCGGUCGCCAGAGGAUCAUCAAGUACACAGCUGGCAAGGAGGGCUUCAAGGCCGAAGGCGACAUCUACCAGGAAGGGGCGCCAAAGGACACCAUCCCGCAGCACCUCCAGCAACAGACCGUGGCGGCCUCUUCGUCUGCACCGGCUCCGUCGGCCCCAGCUCCUGCUCCAGCUCCCGCUCCUGCUCCGGCCCCAGCGCCAUCUAGUGCCAGUCCAGCUGCCAAGUACAAGCCUCCAAGCUACUCCGAUGCCCCUCAGAGCCCACCUGCCCAGUACAGGCCUCCGGCCUACCCUCAGUUCCAGCCGACUGCUCCUCCUUUCCAGCCUUCGCCCGGCCCUUCUCACGUGCCCGUGCUGCGUCUCACACCAAACUUGCCCAUCGAGAACCUCGCCUUCCCAGACUUCUUUAAGCAGCACCUAACCGAGCAAAGGUCCGCAGCUGCUACGAGCCAGCCCGCGUCGACUGCAUCUUCAUUCCAAGGAGGAGCCCCCCAGUCCGCGCCACGGCAGCCCCCUACCUUCGGCUACGUACCAUAUGCGCCUCCCACUGUCCAGACAAGGGCAAGCCCCUACGCGCCGCAGUUUAACGCUAAAUCUCCAGCGCCCCAGCAGCCUUCCAGGCCUUUCGCGGGUCUUCAGCUUCCGGCGGCCACCUCUCAGCGACCCAGCUACCCAACGUUCGCACAACAGCAGGGCUACCCUCUGCCUCUUAUUAGACCCGGUACUUACCCACCUGCUGGUGCAGCUAGGCCCGGCGGCGCGCCGUUUGCCACCGCUCCGACUUCAGCGGCUCCAGCGAAGCAGUACGUUCCUGCCCAGUACCUGCAACAGCAACAGGCACAACCCAAGGUCAGCAUAGCCAACAUUUUCGCCCAGGAAGCCCAGAAAGCCGCCAACAAGCCGAACUUCGCCGACUUCCUCAAACAAUUCAUUCCACGGCAGCCACCGCAGCAACAGUUUGCUCCACCUGGGGGUGCUCCUGGCACUGGAACCACGCGACCGGGCUUCUCUCAAUACGGACCUCCCGCCACCACAGCUCCAGCCUUCCAGAGGCCACCCGUCUACCUACCACAGCAGGCAGCACAACUGAAGGCUCCGCCCAGCUAUGGUCCUCCGCAAGGCGCCGGUGGUCAAGUACCGCUCUACAACUCCUUUAGGCCUCCCGCGCAGCAGGCUCCUGCUUUCAUUCCGAGAACUGGGCAGGCGGCACCUCAGCUACCCACGUACCCACUGCAGGGAGCCGGAGGAUACCCCCAGCAGGCACCGACGGGGUACGCAGCGGCUCCUCAGGGAGCACAGACGGGAUUGGGCGGCACCGCUGCGCAGUCGCUGAAGAAGGACGACGAUGACGAGAACGACGACGGCACGUACAAACCGGAACUGUACGACCACGGUCUCUACGAUCCCAAGAAGUACGAAGAACCGUACCUGAAGAAGAAGACUUCUUCCUCGUCAGCCUCUCCAGCCACCGGUGCCGCGGUCCAGCCACAGCAGUUCUACCAGCCCAGCGGUCAGGGGGCACCGGCGCAAGGUUACCGACAAUUUUAGGAGAGCAGAACACACAGGACCAGGACACCCUCCAUUUUCACUGACACAACAGCAUCGAGAAAGCGAGAGCAGAGUAGUCCUGGACACAAACGGCUUCCCAGUAAGCGCACAAGAUCGAAAUCUCAAGACACGGAGGCGCAAAGGUGACAAAGAAACACAUUCCACAGAAAACGCUUCUCUCAGAUCGCCCUGCGGAACCACAGUCACCAUGGAUCAACGUCGUAACCCGGACUCCACGUCAUGUCGCCGACAUUACGCGCCCCAUGUACAUGUCGAUGUCGAAGGCCGUCUGAUGUAACGUUUUGGCUGAAUCCAAAUAACGUCGAUUAGUUGAACCGCAACCAUUAGCCUAUAUGUCAGGGCUUUGCCUUGCUGUGAAUAUUGUGACUAAGUGGCUCGUUCAUAAGGGAAAGCAAUUCGAGAUGAUGUAAUUAUUAACCACAACGACGACCACAAUGAACGCUAACUAGCGCUCAGAGCCUUUUUGCUUCUAGAAACUGUAUGCUGAUGCUGGGGUUCUUGUGGAAUGAAGUGAAGCUGAUAUGAGUGUACUGUUGAAGCAAUGGAAGUUUUCUCUAUUGCAGUCGCGGCCCCGACAUGCGUUAAUCAUGGAUGCAAAGCAGCCCAUCAGAUGACCUUUGAUAUCUACACGAGCGUUAAUUGCUUAAUUUACUUCUCACGAUGGUUCACAUGCACCCCGUGGCCAACAAAAAGCUGCGAAACGCCAUCCUCGAAAACUUCCAGGAACAAUACAUGUGCGCAGAACGAUGUAGAUAGGAUGUUUACUUCCAAGAAUUCUAGACAUGUUGUGCAUGAAUCGCCUCCCAAUUUAUUGUUAGACGUAACAAAACAUUAUGCGUUGGUAAGAGCAAGUAAUGAUUUCAUGAGUGUGCCUGUGAUGACUAUAGCUUUGCUUUUAGCCAGUCUGCCUCUCAUAAUGCUGGUGUUUGAAAUGUCUCCAUAACAAUUAAGGCUAUAAAUAGCUGCAAAUCACGCACCUUACGUCACUGUUACGCUGCUAACGACAGGGCUUCUAACCUGCUGCAAUAUGGCGGCACAUGUCAGAACCGUCCCUGCACGUGCUCACGACCACGGCCUUUGCAGUCAUGCGCAACCUUAUCGUAUCCUGAAUUGUUAUCCAUCGCAGAAGCGCAGAGAAAGAGAGAGUGCAAUCAUUUGAUUAUUUUCCACGCUUCUCGGCUUGAAUCUUCGAUCAAGAAGGCGCUAGGCAGCCAGCGGCGGUGUAUAUGGUAAUAUUGUGGCGACCUCGCAAAGGGCUUUAAAUGAACGAAUGUGGAAUUCGCUAGAGAGAGAGAGAGAAUAAACAUUUUUAUUAGGUAAAUGCAGCUAGGGAGAGGCGUCCUCAUUCCAGGAUGCCUUGAGCUCGGGCCGCGUCCUGGGCCCUCGCAAUCAGCCGUUGCUGAUCCUCGAGGUCGGAGCUGGCCAAGGCUCUCUCCCAAAGCUCGUUAGUGGGGUAAGGGUUCGGAUGAUUUAAUGGUGCCGCUCUGCAACCCCCUACUAUGUGCCUGAGGGACCCGGGCUCUGCGCAGAAGCGGCAUUGCGGAGAGAAUUUUGUAGGGUCUAUGAGGUGAUUUCUGGUUGGGUGGGGGAAUGUAUUGACCUGUAGAGCUCGGAGGAAUCGCUCCUGCUCUCUAGGUAGUGACUUGUGUGGGGGUGCAUAUGUUCUGCGGGUUAGCUUGUAGUGUUGUGUGAUGUCUUGGUAAGAGACUAGAGGGUGCAUGCGCUCGGGUUCAGAUUCCUCGGCGUCGGCUCGGUGGGUCAGAUCUCGAGCCACGUGGUUGGCGACCUCGUUGCCAGGAAUGCCUUGAUGAGCUGGCGCCCAGAUGAUCAUGACUGAUCUCGUUGGCGGCUUUUGCUUGAUGAUCCGGAGUGUAGUGGCAUGAAUUCUAGUAAAGGGCACAGCCACAACAAGAGCGUUGCAAAAAGUAACAAAGAAGAAGACAAAAACACGACGCAAAUUAUUCAAGAACGCUGCGAUUAAGUGCUACGUGCUACCUACGUCAAGAAGCGAGCAGGUAUCAUGUCAUUUUCCGUUCCUUCAGGCUACGUAGGUGCCUUUGUUUGUUAAAUUGCACCUGUAAUUUAUGCCGGCAUGGCACGUCUGCCCUCCGGGCUAUAUACGAGGCGAAUACAAUCAACCAUUAAUCGCCGGGGACGCAUGACUUUGCAUUUCAUGCGCCGCGCUCGCCUGCCCAGCUUGUUUAUGAAGCGUAAGCAAGUUGCGUCCACCACACUCGUCUGUGUGGCCGCUGUAUGUAGAGAGUUAUGUAUGAGGCAUGCGGGGGAGACGCCCUGUAACGCUUUCUCGGUUCGGCGGCCGCCUACCCCCCGGGCGUCUUAAUUGGCAGCCACCGUCAUCACGCUUCGUAAUAGAUGCCCAAUUUCACGCGGCCUUAAAUCAAAGAAGAAAAAGAAAAACAGGGCCAACAAUAUCAUCGCCGGAUUUUAGAGCGGGAGUCCAUUUAAAUGCAGAGGCGUUACUAUACGUGCCAGGGUGCCUCUCGCAACGAGCGACUUUUCCGAUCGUACGAACGGCGGCGCUCCGAUCGUUUCGGCUGAACGUGGGAACACCCUUGAGCCAGGUAUAAUGCGCCGGCCGGCGCGACCGCUCUAGAAACGAACGCAAGAAACUAAAGCGAGCUCGGGACCGGGAAAAUAAAUGAAUGAAAAAGAAAAGAAAGAAAAGCCGUUCGGCAUUCACGAGCAUGGCGUGUCGGCCACGCCUUUGUCCAGGCCUGGCCGCGCUACAAUGGAAGGCACCGGUUCCGGAGUCGUUGAAGGGCCGCAUAACUGCGGCGCUUCGAGAGCCAUUCGGUUGGUGUCAGGCGCUUGCGGACACCCUCUGUGAGGCCGUAAAUGAAGAAAAAAGAACCACAAACAAAAAGUAGAGAAUAGCGGCUGGUCGGCGGGCUAUAAUUUUUUGGUAUGCUUUCCUUUGCUCUGUCUUUAUUUUUGCCUUUAUUUUCCGUUCGGCGGUUACCUUGUCAUAGAAGAGAAGUGACCUGCUACGAAGGGAGCAGCCGAAGCACAAAGACAGAAAAAGAAAUUGGCUACAGCGAGAAUUGUUCGGAUCUUCCAGUCACCCCUGCUGUGUGAAGGGGGGGAUGAAGUCGUCCUCGCAGGCUCAACGGUUCCUGCUUCAGCACCGAACAAUUUUUCUGCUGUUCCGUGUGUCUCUGCAUGUAUGUACAAUAUGAGUCUAUCAAUAACGCUGUUAUUUAAAUCUCGUUAGGUUUUACUUGCUUGUUGAGCGUCGAGAAUUAUAGUAUUAUUUAUGUUGUGUCUGUUCUGCUUGUUGAUAACAGUUUCUUUCGAGAAUUGCAUUUUUUUUCUGCAGUGUACACGACGCUUAUGACCACUUUAACGAGUCGUGUAGCUGGCCCAGUUAGGUUAAGAGCGUAAAGCAAACCACUGGUGUAGCUUAGUGCCCACUGACGGCCAGAUCCUUCUCCAGGCCCUCUGUUUCGUGUCAACGCGCCAUUAAUACAAUCCCACGGGAUUAUUCGUUCGAAGCUAAGAUGCAAGGCUGUGAGGGCAAACGUAUGCUUCUGAAGUACCUAGCAUGACAACCAUAGAAAGAAGUCGAUGAGGAUAGCAAGAGGGGUGUGUUGGUACGGCAUAUCUUAUUUUGUUAUAGCGCAAGCUUGACAGCGCUGUGUGUGUCAGGUGUGCCUUCUGUUGUCCGUGUCAAGCUUGCGCUAUAAAAAAGUAAGAUAGAAAGAAGUGCCUCCCAAUUUUAACAGAAGCAACAAUUCGCAGAGUUCAAUAUCAACGUCAGCUCCGUUUCACUGAACGCGUAAAGCGAACCUAAAAAUGAUUUCAGCAACAUUUUCUUUUUGUCAGCUUUUGCGCAUCAACGUACAAGAGGUGGCCAUGUCUCACUUGCCCACGUAGGCUGCAUAAUUUGACUCAGCACUUCGAACGACACUUUGCUAGUAAAACAUUGGUCAGAAGUACUAUUUACAACUCGUGUUCAAAGCAAUGUUUACAUGGAAUUGUCUCUUGCUUUAGGGUUGCUUCAAGCGGAAUGCAUUUGAAUUUAAGAAAGUCGGCAUGAAUUUAAUCCAGCUUCCUUUUGUCUUUUCUUCAGACUGCAAUUAAUUUUGCGCUACUGCCUGCCAGUGCUAAAUAAGUGAAAAAGUAUCUGUUUUGUCACCAUCUACAGCUUUGUCGGCAAACCGAAUCAAAGCACAGCCAUAAGCAAUUUCCUGAGUUGUUUACCUUCUAUCGUUGUGGUGUGUAGUUGUCUUCCUUUCUUUCGGCCUCGACGCUGAGCAUGUGCGUUAUUCAUAUUCACUCAUUGUGGGGGGCGGAGUGUAUUUAUUUCAUGUAAAUAAAGUCUUUCCUUUCCACA